UUGAUCGAGUUCAAAGUUCAAUCUUCUGCAAAGCUAAGUAAAUAUUUGUGAGAUCAUAUAUUAUAUCAUCAGCUCGUCAAGAACAUAUUACUAGUGAAACUAAGAAAAACGUCCCGUUCACAAAUCGAUGACAAGAAGAUCUAGUACAAAUCGAUUAAUAAGACACAGUACAAAAAUAGAUACCGAGAGAAACAUUGCCAAAGAUUCCGAAAUUGCCCGGUCUGGGAGAAAUAAACAAUGGACCAGUGUGGUUGUCGGGAUCUACCUUUUAAAGUUGGUCAACAUCUCGAUCUCUCCCCUUUUCCGAGUAUUCAUCAAGUCUGCUUACUGUUAUGCCCUAUAGUAGCUGUCAGUGAUCCCUUAUAAUGCUCCAGGACAAUAUUAGAAGAAGACAUAAUCGUAAUCACACCAUUGAACGACUAACCGGAAGAUCUUUGUCUUGAGAUAUCGGCCUGUGUUUGCUCUUGUUGUUAGUCAUGCACGCUUCCGGAGAUGAGAGAUGAGAGAUGAGAGAUGAGGAUUGUGAAAGAUAUAUAAAGAAGAUUAUAUAGAAAAUUCAGGUGACAUGAGUUAGUGAAACUUGACAAAGAUCGUUAUUGCAAAGUGAUGAUACAUGCUUUUCGUACUAUAAAAUAUGCAUUCUUAAUGAGUAUAAUCAACUCAUCUAGGAUAAAUUAUAGUUCAAGUGAGAUAUAUUGACGUUAUUUACAAAAAAUAAAAACACUGCAAUAUAUUUUAACAAAUCGAAUAACGAAUCGAAUAUUCCUUUGGUCUUGCCUAUGGUUAGGUCAACUAUAUUACUUUACCGUUUUGUUAUGUGGAUACAUGCUGCAUGUAUGCAUUCUCUCUGAGUUAGCUUGUGUUUAUAUGGUAUAUAAAUCUAUAUAAAACACACACACACAGAACCUAUAGAUACACACACACACACACAGACAUUUAAACAUGCAUGUAUAUAUCAAUGGAUGCAUAGUUCACGGUGGAUAAAGUGAAGGAGAAAGGAUCUUCCAAGGGAUAUGCGGCGACCAACUUCAAUGCUCAGCAUGCAAUGACUACUUUUACUUUACACCUCUCCUUGCCCAUUAUUUUUUUCCUCUUUUUCCUGCAUCACUUAUCAAUAGUUCAAUACGUAUGUUUCUAUAAACACACACAACUCAAGACUGUAUGUAGUCCUUGUUCAAAAACGCGGCCGUCUAGGCGUUGUUCGGAGGUUUGACCGCGGCGAAUAUGCCCAAAUCGGUGUAGUUACGCGUUAAUCCGCGUAAGAUCGUCUAAUUCCCUCGUUGGCUGUCUAAUUUCCGCCUAGACUGUUUAAGUUUUUUUUUUCCGUCUGUGUAAAGUUAAAACACGGUUGAUUAUUUUUUACUCAUUAUUGACAGAUUUGUGUAAUUUAUUCAUUACUAAAUAAUUACAAUUAGCUAUCGAACCCAAAACAAACACAUAAUUACUUUAUUUAGGGAUUUUUUGUACCAAACACAUCAUAAUCUAAAUGUUAAAAAUUAUAUAAUUAUGUCUAAGAACAUGUGUCAUCAUCAUGUUUAAAUUAACUAAUUAUAUUAUAAAUAUAUUAAAUUAUAUUUAAAACUAGAGUCCGCGUAAUCUCCGAAUACUCUCCGAUUUUGCAGUAGCUCGCUAGACCUGGACUUACCGUCCGAUUAGCGUAUAGCGUAGUUCCAAACAUAGUGCUACAAAUAUUUUACUCUAAUGGAUCUUAUUAAUUUGACACACUAAAUUAUUAGUGGUGGCCGUUAGGUAAACACGCCUCAUGAACCAAGAGCUUGUGGCCCAUUGAUUUAUUCGAGUGGAUAAAUAAUUGGACAUGUGGUUCAGGGCUGUGGAUCCAAUUCCAACAUCUACCAAAAAAUCAUUGUGGUUUUCUCCUAUACAUUACAAACGUCUUAAAUGGCAGUAAUGACCCGAAAUUUUAAUCAAUAAUUAGGGAUUAGGCAUUUGAUCUAACGAUGCUAUAUACAUAGAUAUAACAUGCAUGUUACCAAAUGCUUUGUUUUCUGAUUUUCUUCUUUCCGAAAAUGGUUUUUUUUAAGGCUACGAAAAUUGUUCUUUUUUGCCACUCAUUAAUCGACUGUUUAUCGGUCGGAAAAGUUAGGUUAAUUUCAUAGAACAUGGAAAUACAAUAUUUCACUAUGAAAAAGGGAACGAAACGCAUUUUCGGAAAUAAAUCCAUUGAUCCUGUUUCUUAUAUUGUUCAAGAAAAAUUUCUGUCCAUCUUUCGUUCCUUUACACAUUUUUGGAAAGGAAUAAAGGCUUCCGACAAUGCAAAGAGGAAUAACUAAGCACAACGAUGUUAACUAAAGUGAAUGGGAAUUUUUUUCUCUCAUCAAGAAAGCAAAUGUACUGUUUUAUUUGUCAUGUUCUUGGAUAAUGGAUACUUAUGAAUGAUUACUAAGAAUCUCAAAAUCUUUUCUUCGUCCUGUUCUGUUAAUGAAAAUGUAAUAAUUACAUGUGCAUUAUAUUAUAAUGUUGAUUUUGGUGAUUAAACUAACCAAGUACACAGAUUCUUUCGUGUGUCAUAAUUAUGAAAUAGAUUUGGAUCGUUGAUUGAAUCAGAUUUUCUAUAAAUACAUAAGUAGUUAAGUACAUAUAUAUAUAUAUAUAUAUAUGUAUAUAUAUACGACCACAUUUAUAGGUAAAUUGGAAAGAAAAAUGACAUAUUAUCUAAUAGUUAUACUAGCGACAAUUUUACAAGAAGAAGCAAAGAAUUAAAAAAAAAAAACUAAAAACAAACAAGCAAAAAGUACGAAUCUUCCAGCGUCUAAGAUUUCUUGAUUGAUUUACAAGCAAUGCCAAAGAAUUAAGAAUGUUAUAUUAAUAGUUUUGGGACUAAUCCUUACACAAAGGCAAAGAAUCUAACCAUCAGUGGUAGCCCCCUUAUAUAAAUGUAUCAAAGAAUAGCAACACAAUCAAAUUAAUCUUUGCUCCUAUCUUUUCCUACAAAUCAGUUAUAUACCUCUCCAUCAAAACUCUCUCUAGCAAUGGCUCCUCAAAACCAACAGACUCGGCUAACGCAACCGCAACCGCUUCCAGGUAGAGGUUUGAACCCCGUCCUAUGCAUCAUCGUUGCCCUCGUCCUCUUAGGACUCCUUGUGGGUCUGGCUAUAUUGAUCACAUACCUCACCCUCAGGCCAAAGACACUCGUCUAUACUGUAGAAGCCGCGUCGGUCCAAGAUUUUGCCAUAGCCAAGGAUGAUCACAUUAGCGCCAAAUUCAACUAUGUGAUCAAAUCAUACAACCCGGAGAAACAUAUCUCCGUGAGAUACCACUCCAUGCGCAUCUCCACGGCUCACCAUAACCAGUCCGUGGCUCACAAGGAGAUCUCUGCCUUCAAGCAGCGUCCUAAGAACGAAACAAGAAUUGAGACGCAGCUUGUGUCGCACAACGUGGCAUUGUCUAAGUUUAAUGCUAAGGACUUGAGGGCUGAAACGACUAAAGGGGUGAUCGAAAUGGAAGUGUAUAUAACUGCUAGAGUAAGCUACAAGACGUGGAUUUUUCGGUCCAGGAGACGUACGUUGAAAGGUGUAUGUACGCCGAUAAUGAUCAACGUCACGGCGAACUCGUUGGAUGGAUUCCAGAGAGUUUUAUGCAAAACUCGUCUUUAGUUUGGAUUAUUUAUCGAAUUGAAUUGGUUCUAUUUGUGUGAAUUAUACGUGUAUUAAAUUAAUUUGCUGUGUCCUUAAUUGAUUGUGUAUGUGUAUGUGUAUGUGUGUAUUUCUUUUGAAGUUCUUCUUUGUUUUUUUUUUGGUUCUUUUGUAUGCAUUCAUUUAUCUGUCUUUAUCUUUCUUUAUUAUUCUUUUUAUAUGAUAAAAUGUUUUAUAUU